AUGGCCAUUCCCGAAUCCUCAGGCGAGACGUCCCAGACGGAGGGCGAGGGUGACACCGACAAACCCCCCCAUGGCGACAUAUCGAACCAACUCAAGUCCAUGAAGCUUUCCCACCCUAGCACCGUUUCCAGCACCACCACCGUUACCUCCAUGAACGGCGCCACCAUCGUACCGCCUACAGCGACCGCGACCCCCGUCAGCUACCCACUUCCUCCUCCGGAUUCUCUCCUCGCGGGGGAGAAACAGCCGGGUCUGACACGUGGGUCCCUCGAGAAGCUGGCCACGGUGCCACUGUCCACGUCCUCCUCCUCCUCGUCCGACAACCAAAAGAACAAGAGCCACCCGUCAGCGCCACAGAGCCCACUCGGGUCCCCGUCCCCCACGGACAGCUAUUACGAUGGGGCGAGUGCGCCGCCGAGUCGAGCCCCAAGCAGACCCGGCAGCAAGCCAGCAAGCCGUGCUCCGAGUAUGUCGGCGGGUGUGUCUGGGGGCAAGCUCGCCGUUCCGCCCCCAUCUGCCACCAGGGAACGACGAAGCAGCAAAGCUGCCGAUGCCCCUCCUACUCCUUCGCCGUUACCUCGGACUAAGGCGCCGUCAGUGCACUCUGACAAAGGCGAUGGCUCCCACAAGUUUACCCUGAAAGACCUUUUGGGUAGUGGGCCCAAGUUGAACAGGAAGAGCUCGCAACGGUCGACUUCGUCUCGGAAGUCGGACUCGGAUGCAGGUGAAGGACGGGCGAGGAGUGUUGCCGGAGAAAGCACCGUGAGCCUAUCACAGAAGUACGGUGUUUGCCAGAAGGUCGCCAUCGGUAAAGGGGCCACGAGCGUAGUCAGGCUAGCGCACAAAUGGGAUCGCAGCGAAGAGAAGCUGUACGCUAUAAAGGAAUUCCGCAAACGCCGCAAGAACGAGUCGGAGAAAGAGUAUGUGAAGAAGCUCACCGCCGAGUUCUGCAUCUCGUCUACCUUGCAUCACCCGAAUGUCGUUGAGACCGUCGACCUCAUACAAGAUGAGAAUCAACACUGGUGUGAGGUCAUGGAGUUCUGUCCUGGAGGAGAUCUAUACGCCGCUAUUAAGAAAGGUGGAAUGAGUCCAAGCGAAGUCGAAUGUUGUUUCAAGCAAAUCCUGAACGGAGUAUCGUACCUCCACAGCCAAGGUGUCGCCCAUCGUGAUAUCAAGCCGGAGAACUUGUUCUUCGAUACCAAGGGGCAUCUGAAGAUUGGUGAUUAUGGUGCGUCGACGGUGUACCGUCUGCCAUGGGAGGCAACCGUGCACAUGUCUACUGGACUGUGCGGUAGCGAGCCCUACAUCGCCCCAGAGCAGUUCCUAAACAAACCCUACGAUGCCCGACUCGUGGACAUCUGGGCGUGCGGGAUCGUGUACUACUGCCUGCACUUCCAAGAGCUACCCUGGCGCGCCGCGCAAGCGGGGUCCGACCAGCUGUACUCUGCCUACGCUGCAGCGUGCGCGAACCCGAACCAGGCUGUGUCCUCGUGCCCGCCGACGAUCAACCUGCUCAAUCCGCGCCCGUGCCGGACCCUCAUCCGCAAGAUGCUCGAGCCGGAUCCGCGCCACCGCUCGACGAUCGAGGAGGUCAUCGCGCACGCGUGGGUGCAGAGCAUCGAGGUGUGCCACGAGGUGCCUGAGCCUAAGCACGUCCAUGUAUGUGCGAAGGCGAUGGGGAUGGCGUAUAUGAACAACGGAGUCGCUGCGUAA